CAAUUAUGGUAAUGGGAUGGGUGUUGAUAAGUAUUAAGGUUUUGCACAGUAUUACAUGAAAUCAAAAACAUCAUACUGCAUGAACAAUCUUGAAGGUUUAACAGGUUUGAUAUGAAAAAAUGAUGUAAUUUAUUUCCGUUUGUUGUUUUACUGACAUUGUUGAAAGUGAAACUCAUUGUUUUUGGCUAAAUAAUAUAUAUGUUUAUGUAUGUUUAUAUAUGUUUAUAUAAGAAUUGAAUUGUUCGGUCCCUAAAACAUGGAAUCAGAAGUCACUGUCAACAAGACUGCCGUUGGAACUAACAUACAUCCCUGCUAUGAAAUAGAGAAUUUCAAUUACAUACUGACAAACAACCCUUCCAUUAUAUGUGUAUUAUUAUAUAUUUUCCUUGUAUUAUUGUCUGUAAUCACAAUAUGUGGAAACCUUCUCGUUAUAAUCUCCAUCAUUUACUUCAAACAGCUCCACACUCCUACUAACUACCUUAUUCUCUCUCUGGCUGUGGCUGACCUGCUUGUUGGGAUUAUAGUCUUUCCUUUCAGCAUGGCAUUCUCUCUCAGCUCGUGUUUGUAUCAUGAGGAUUUAUUUUGUAAAGUACGAGGCAGUUUUGAUAUAUCACUGAGCACAUGUUCCAUUCUGAACCUAUGUUGUAUUUCUAUUGACAGAUAUCAUGCUGUGUGUCAGCCUCUGACAUACAGAACUAAAAUCAACCAAAAUGUUGUUGUGAUCAUGAUCCUGAUGAGCUGGGGGGUUUCUGCUUUAAUUGGGAUUGGUGUCAUAAUUGCUGGAUUAAAAAAUGAAACAUGUGAGGAAAGGUGUUUAAUUGAUGUUCUACUUGCAAACAUUUUAGGACCUAUUUUCUCAUUUUACCUCCCAGUGAUCAUAAUGCUCUGUAUCUACCUGAAGAUUUUCCUUGUUGCACAGAGACAGGCACGCAGCAUCCAGAACACAAAGUCUGGAGCAACUGUCAGUAAGAUGGAAAGAAAGGCCACCAAAACUCUGGCUAUUGUUUUGGGAGUUUUUCUUUUAUGUUGGACUCCUUUCUUUCUUUGCAUUACCAUUGUGCCGUUUAGUAAUAAUUCAGUACCAGAUCCUGUGAUUGAAACACUUAACUGGCUUACUUUGUCAAAUUCCAUGCUCAAUCCAUUUAUUUAUGCUUUCUUUUACAGCUGGUUCAGGUCAGCUUUUAGAAUGAUCAUGUCUGGAAAAAUAUUUCAAGGUAAUUUUGCUGACUCAAAUUUGCACUGAGUUACUGUUUGGGGUGCAAAAUAGCUGAUGGAAAUGUCAACAAUGUUACAGUAAAUUCUGACAGAAUAAAAGUGACUAUGCCAACA